AUAUAUUCUGAUCUAUUAUUAUAAACUACAAUCAUAUUAAGCUUUGAUAAAAAGAGUAGUUUCUUUCUUCAACUAAUAAUCCUCACAUACAAGUUAGCGAAUUGAAGCAAAGAUUUUUCUCUUGAAUACCAUCAUCACCAAAAGAUGAAGUUACUUGGCUGGAUGCAUAGGAAAUUUCGCCAGAAUAAUAGUAGUGAACCAUUCAAAGACUUGGUCAUAGGGAACUCUUGCAAUUGUCUUUCAGGGCAAUCACCACUUGAUGAUGAACAAAACUAUCUCAAACCAAACAACCAUGGUGUCAAGCUUUUCAAGAACAUGAACCAAAAGGUUAUGAGAAAAUCCUUUGCAGGCAUAGAUUCAACAAAAGAACAUGAAGACUAUUAUAUUGAACCAUCUUCUAUGUGUGAUGAUGAUCUCUUCCCUGGGUUCUUAGCAAUUGGAACACUUGGAUCUUCCUCGGAUCAGGUUGUUUCCGACCCGACAUCCACUCCGACUUUCGCCAUUUCUGUCGAAAGUAUCACGGAGAAAGAAGACGAAGUCACCGAGAACGAUCUCAAGCUCAUUAACGAUGAGCUUGAAAAAGUUCUCGGGGCUGAUGACGUUAGCAUUGAUUAUUAUUCUUCUGGAAGGAACAGCCACGUGAGCACUGGACGGAACAGCCACGUCAGCACUGGACGGAGUAGCCACGUCAGCAUAAUCACUCUUAGUGGAAAACCAAUAACAGAAACUCACAACAACAAUAAUGGUGGUUCUGUUUGUCCACUCCAGGGUUAUCUCUUUGGAACAGCGAUUGAGUUGUCGGAGACAACAAGAACCUCUUCUUCUUCUUCUUCGACUAUGACAGCAGCAGCGACGGCGACGGCGACGACAAAGAAAGAGCACAGAACUUCACUUGGGGAAUUGUUUCAGAGAAGCAAGUUGGCUGAAGAGUGCGCAAAGAAUAAUAAUGAAAAUAAGGAAGAGAAAAGGGAAGGUGAUAAGUCUGCCAUGAAUUUGGUGAAAGAGAAGCUGAAGAAAAGGAUCCUUCAUCAUGCUUCUUCAAGGAACUCCACAUCAAUGAAUGAUUCUUCUUCCUCUGCUGCUGAGACAAAACUCAAUAAGAUUCUGCAUAUGUUUCGCAAGAAAGUUCAUCCAGAAAGCUCAACAGCUGCACAUAAAUAUUCUAAACAACACCGAAAAAAUGAGAACAAGAAGAAGAUUAUGAGUGACAUCAAAGGUAGUGAAAUAGUUCAUCCAGAUUAUGAUGAAAAUGAAGAUUCAUUCAUCAACAGGGAGCACUGGAUCAAAACAGAUGCAGAUUACUUAGUUCUAGAGCUCUGAAAGGGAAAGGUGGAAUUUGAGCUGGUUUCUAAGAUGUUAUAUAUGUAUGUUCUUAUUACUAUGAUUAUUUAUUUAUCAUGAUCAGUGCUUGUAAUAAGUUGUAACAUACAUUAUUGAACUUAUUUAUUUGUUAUUGUUGUUGUUAUUAUCAUAUAUAGAAGAAGAAGCUAAGCAACUUAAUUGGGAUGAUUAAGUUAAUAAUUGAGGUAGUCAUGAUCAUGCAUCUUCAUUGUCUACCUCAUAGUGGUGGUCAAUGUGAAACUGUAAGGAUUUCUCUUGUAAUCAUGAAUUUAUCUAUACAAUCACAUGAUGUUUGGAUA